CGAAACCUCAUACAUGUAAUAAUCACCGAAUACCUGCGAAUCUGCUCACCUUCGUCUAUUCUCCUCAAUUGAACCUGCGAUACCAUAUUAACUAUGGCGUCGAAACUCGCCCCUGUCUUCCUCAGAACAGCAGCUCGCUCAGCAUGCCGAGCACCCCGAUCACAAUUUCGCACCUUUACGGCUGGUAGCUCGAGGAGAAGCGAAACUCUCGCCGUGCAUCGAAAUACGCCCGACAACAACCCCGAUUUACCCUUCAAGUUCUCAGCUCAGAAUGAAGAAGUUAUUGCUCAAAUCCUGAAGCGUUACCCGCCCCAAUACAAGAAGGCCGCCGUAAUGCCGCUACUCGACUUAGGCCAGCGCCAGCAUGGCUUUACAUCCAUAUCCGUUAUGAACGAGGUGGCAAGAAUCCUUGAGAUGCCGCCCACCCGUGUUUACGAAGUCGCGUCGUUCUAUACUAUGUAUAACCGAACACCAGUUGGCAAGUUCUUCGUCCAGGCUUGCACUACAACACCCUGCCAACUCGGUGGUUGCGGAAGUGACGCGAUCGUCAAGGCGAUUAAGGAACACCUAGGCAUCAAACAGGGUGAGACGACGGCGGACGGGCUCUUCACAUUCAUCGAGGUGGAAUGCCUAGGCGCCUGCGUCAACGCCCCAAUGAUCCAAAUCAACGAUGACUACUACGAAGACCUAACGCCCGAGACCACCAAGCAGCUCUUAACAGCAUUGAAAGAGAGCGCUACAUCAUCUAGCACCAGUGCUAAGUUACCGACACCCGGCCCCCUGAGCGGUCGGCAAACCUGCGAGAACAGUGCUGGCCAGACAAAUUUGACGAGUGAGCCUUGGGGCAUUGAGACUACGAGGAAGGAUUUGUAAAUGAGAACAAAUAAAAUCCGGUGAUAUUUUAGAGCACGGGCGCAGACGUAGACAUUGUACAUAAACUAUACUUAUAUCCACGGAAAAAUGCUUGUCUCUUGCUAAUUGACGUUUUGUAUGCACA